GCGGGCGGGGGCGCAGCGGGGACAGCGGAGCUUCGUAUAAGAGUGGGGAGGCGGGGGCGGAUAAGCCCCGCCCCUAGGAGAGUGGGGGGCGCCCUGACCAAUGGGAAGAUGGGUGGGGGGAGGAGCCUCUGGGUGCCUCUUAAAAGAAACUUGUUGCGGAUCUCGGAGCCCCGACGGAGUUGCGGCGACCGCGGCGACGGUGGUGGUGGUGCGGGUGGGAGAGCUGAAGCUAGGGCGGCGUCGUCAAGGAAGAAGGUCGGGCCUCCCCGCGGCGACCUCGGGGUCCUGGAGCGGCCGCACCGCAGCCCAAGCGCCGGUCCCGGUGCAUCUUCCUGCGCGCGCCCCUCCGCGCGCAGCCCCGAUGCUGGACAUGAGUGAGGCCCGCACCCAGCCACCCUGCAGCCCGUCUGGCACCGCCAGCUCCAUGUCGCACGUGGAGGACUCUGACUCGGACGCGCCGCCGUCGCCCGCCGGCUCUGAGGGCCUGGGCCGCGCUGGGAGCGCGGUGGCCGGCGGUCGGGGGGACUCGGCAGAGGCGGCGGACGAGCGUUUUCCUGCUUGUAUCCGCGACGCCGUGUCGCAGGUGCUCAAAGGCUAUGACUGGAGCUUGGUGCCCAUGCCUGUGCGCGGCGGUGGAGGCGGCGCGCUCAAGGCCAAGCCUCACGUGAAGCGGCCCAUGAACGCCUUUAUGGUGUGGGCCCAGGCUGCGCGCCGCAAGCUAGCGGACCAGUACCCACACCUGCACAACGCAGAGCUCAGCAAGACGCUUGGCAAGCUGUGGCGGUUGCUGAGUGAGAGUGAGAAGCGUCCCUUCGUGGAGGAGGCAGAGCGGCUUCGUGUUCAGCACAAGAAGGACCACCCAGACUACAAGUACCAGCCCCGCCGCAGGAAGAGUGUGAAGACUGGCCAGAGUGAUUCGGACUCGGGAGCCGAGCUGAGCCACCACCCUGGUGGCGCUAUGUACAAGGCUGACGCAGGCCUCGGUGAUGCACACCAUCAUAGCGACCACACAGGGCAGACCCAUGGGCCUCCCACCCCGCCCACCACCCCCAAGGCAGACCUGCACCAGGCGGGUGCUAGUGUUGGGGCCAAGCCAGAGCUGAAGUUGGAAGGGCGCCGCCUAGUGGACAGCGGGCGCCAGAACAUUGACUUCAGCAAUGUGGACAUCUCUGAGCUCAGCAGCGAGGUCAUCGGCAACAUGGACACCUUCGAUGUCCACGAGUUUGACCAGUACCUGCCUCUCAGCGGCCACUCGGCCAUGCCCACAGAGCCCAGCCAGGCAACCACCGGCUCCUACGGGGGUGCCUCCUACUCUCACCCUGGGGCAUCCCCCGUGUGGGUGCAUAAGAGUGGUCCUCCAGCCUCAGCCUCACCCUCAGAGGCGGGUCCCCCACGGCCACAGAUCAAGACAGAGCAGCUGAGCCCCAGCCACUACAGCGACCAGCCCCAUGGUUCACCCGGCCGUGCCGACUACGGCUCCUACAGUGCCCAGGCCAAUGUGACCACAGCUUCCCCCGCAGCAGCUGCCAGCUCCUUCGCCAGCUCACAGUGUGACUACGCUGACCUGCAGGCCUCUGGCUACUACAGCCCGUACCCUGGCUACCCGUCUAGCCUCUACCAGUACCCUUACUUCCACUCGCCCCGCCGGCCCUAUGCCUCGCCUCUGCUCAACGGGCUGUCCCUGCCACCCGCCCAUAGCCCCACCAGUAACUGGGACCAGCCCGUGUACACCACGCUGACCAGGCCCUGAGGCUGUGCCCUGGGGAGGGAUGCCUGUCGGUAGUGGACAGCCUCUUCUCAGCAAGACAGACGGGGUCCCCUGGCCUCCCAGUGCAAGUGGCCAGGGUAGAGCCAAGUGCCUGCUGAAGCUGUGGGAACAGCUGUGUCACUAUCAUCGGCCCUGGGCCCACAGAUCUCUGAGCCUCCUCCAACCACUCAGUCCCUCUUCUGUGAGGCCUGUGGACACCAGCUCCUUGGGUUUGCAUCUUUGUCCAUGAAAAGCAGCACCACAAAGGACAGAGGGGAGAGGCACGUGGCCUUGGCUGGGGCUGCUCGGAGGUCCAGUCCCACAGUGGCAUGGAGACACACAUCCCCAUACACACACACCUAUGGAGGACGCUCCCUGGACUGGCAGCUGUGUCCACAUGAGUGCCUCUUGGGACCAGCCUGUUAGGUUGCAGGCAUUCCUUGUAGUCAGUUCUUCCAAGCAAGGUUUGGCUGUGAUUAACACUCCUCUCUUUUUAUUUUUAUUUUUUAUUUUUGAAGCUUAAAUGUGUUUGUUUUGAAAGCUGUUAAAGAUAUAUUUAUGUUCUGUAUUUUAUCUUUAAUUAAUGAAGUAAUUUGUUUAAAGAGUAGAAUUUAAGACAAAAUCAAAGCUGGGGAAGCAUGCCGGAGGGCCAGGCACAGAGGUGGGGGUCACAGCAUGGGCCACAUCUCAUUGCUUUUGGUGUUUGGGGAAGCAAACACCUGCCUGGCCCCUAGCUCCAAAGCUCCCACCCCCGGGAUACUGGGCUGCUUUGGGGCCAGAAUCCCAAGGGAGGAGAAGGGACUUGCCUUGUGUCUUUUAUCAGGUCAGGGUGCCCCAGCACCUGGUGUUAGGUGGGGUUUGGGAGGCAGUGAUUUGUCCCUGCCCAUAGCCAGGCCAGCUGGGAGAAGACAGGAAUUUCCUGGGGAGGGCGGCUUUAGAAAUGCAACGGUUUUGGCUGUAGGCCUGUAGGCACCAGAGCCACCUACCAAGCUGUGAAACUAAACCUUCUCCACUAAACGAUAGGUUCUUAGUUUUAGAGGAAUAAUACCUGAUUUAGCUGUAGCUUCUGCUGUAUGCUGAGCAUAUGAUAACCGCCUACUUCAUGGAAACUUGUGCCUUUAAAAUUUUAUAAAUUUAAAUACAUCUGGGAAGUUGCUUCUUUUUACUUUUUCUACUUUUCCUACUUUUUUUCUAGAAAAAAAUUCUUUGCAUCUCUCUCUUUGUGGGGGUGGGGGCGGGGACCGCAGCAAACUCAUUUUUAUGCAGUCUAUUUUUCAGCAUCAAGUUCAGGGAAGACUUGUUGUCAUUCGCCUGCUGAGGUGAGCUACUUUCUGACCAAGCAACGCUAACUUUUGUAAAGAUCAAUUUGAUAAAA